CGUUCUUUUUUUUAGCUCCUCCCUCCACAGCCCUAGCACUUUCUCUCUCUCUCCUUCGUUUUCUCCCCCAAAUUCCCCUAGUAUAUAGGCAGCAGCCACCGAGAAAAAGCGAUAGAGGAAAUCGGAAGGCGUAUCUCUCUCCUCUAUAUCCCUCUCUGCAUAUAAGAAGACUUCCAGGAAGAGAAAGAAGGUUUCAGUCAGUCUGUUCAGACCUCCAUUCCGUCCUUCCUUCUUUCCCUUUCUUAAACUUAUCAACCCCUUCCUGAAAGAGUCUGUCCGUUAUCGCAGUAACGAAUUGAAGAAGAAAAAGGCCUUUUUUUUUUUCGGUGAAGAUGGCAGAUUGGGAAUCUGAGGAUUUUGAGCCGGUACCGCCUACUCUUGCGGCGGAGAAACCUAAAAGUUUAUGGGAUGAUGAAGAUGCGGAACAAGAAGAUGUGAAAGAGUCUUGGGAAGAUGAAGAUGUUGCUAGUCAAGUACCCAAACCACAACCUGCUGCAGAAAAAGCUGUUCCAAAAUCGACUGGAAAAGGUGCUGGGAAGAAAGAGAAACCUGUUGUAGUAGAUGAAGUGCUUGAAGAUCCUGUGGCAGAGAAACUGCGGCAGCAGAGGCUUGUGGAAGAAGCUGAUUACAAAUCCACUGCAGAAUUAUUUGCCAAGCAAGGUGAUGAGAAGUCUCUAGAUAAUUUUAUUCCCAAGUCGGAAAAUGAUUUCUUGGAAUAUGCCGAGCUUGUCUCUCACAAGCUUCGCCCGUAUGAGAAAAGCUUUCAUUACAUAGGCCUCCUUAAAGCGGUAAUGAGGCUCUCUAUGACUUCAAUGAAAGCAGCUGAUGCUAAAGAAGUAGCUUCUUCGAUCACGGCAAUUGCAAACGAAAAGCUUAAGGCUGAGAAGGAAGCUAAUGCAGGCAAGAAGAAACAAGCUGCAAAGAAGAAGCAGCUUCAUGUUGAUAAGCCAGACGAUGAAGCGGUCGUUGAUGGCUAUGAUGCUCUAGACGAUUAUGAUUUCAUGUGAGCGGUGCCCC